AUGUCCGAUUUCAUAAAUGAAAACCCAGAUGCCUUGGAUGAAAAUCAAUUACCAAAGAGAAAAGAAGAUGCAAAUGAGCAAUUACUUGGUAGUUUGGGAAGCAUUGAAGCAUUAAAAAGGAAAAGGAUAAUAUUAAAAAUAGACCAUUCUACAAAUUCUCCAGCAUUACAAAAUAUUGAACUUUUGGAUAAAUUAUUACUAUUAGAUUCAGCCCCUGAUUUAACAAGUGAUGAGGGAUCAUUCGAAGAAGAACAAGAGGAAAUAGUGGGGUUGGACAGUACUAAGUCUAAGGAUUCCAUAAUAGAAGAUGUGGAAAUACCUGACCCAGUAGAUCCUCAAGAAAUUUACGAUUUAACAGCACAUAUUUCAGAUCCUGAACAUCCGUUAAGUUUAGGCCAACUAUCAAUUGUUAACUUAGAAGAUAUUGAAGUCCAUGAUGAUGGUAAUCCAAAUCACAUGGCAGAAGUUAUUAUUAGAAUAACGCCCACGAUUACACAUUGCUCAUUGGCUACUUUGAUUGGUUUAGGGAUUAGGGUACGUUUGGAAAGAUCCCUUCCUCCAAGAUUUAGAAUUACAAUCCUGUUAAAGAAGGGUACACACUCCAGUGAAAAUCAGGUAAAUAAACAGUUGAAUGAUAAAGAACGUGUGGCAGCAGCCUGUGAAAAUGAGCAGUUGUUGGGCGUUGUGGCAAACAUGUUAUCUACAUGUAAAUAA